AUGCUUAGAAGAGCUGCUACUACAGUAAAGUUGGGACAGGAAGAUGUUGCAGACCUAAUAGCGGAGCUUGAGGAGGAGAAACUGCAGCUUAGAAUUCAAUCACAAAAGAAAAACCUAGUGCGAUCUGGUACAGCUGCCAACAUGACAUCGGCAUCUAGCAAGACUCUAGGAGAGGAUCUAGAACCAGGAAGCAGUGAGGACAAUUCCGUACAAAUAAGUCCCUUAAAUGGGAAGAGAUCUGAGGUGGAUCAAAUAGAAGUAGGUCCACCGACAGCUUCAUUGAGUUGGUCAAACAGACACAUUAGAAAUCAUGACCGUGAUCGUGAAAACGGCCGUUAUGGAGAGGAAAAUCCGUUUUAUAGAGAUGACGUUGUAUGA